UAUAAGUUGAUGUGACAACCUCUACUCUAUAGUCUAGUCUUCAGUUCGAUCAAGUACUUUUCCAUUUCGAGAAGAUUUAUACCGAAUACCCAAUUGCCAAAGCGUGACAUAUCAAAAUGGCGAACACAAUCGUCGUCGUUGGUGCUGGUGUUUCUGGCUUGACGUCCGCCUACCUCCUUUCCAAGAACAAGGGCAACAAGAUCACUGUCGUGGGCAAGCAUAUGCCCGGUGACUAUGAUAUUGAAUAUGCCUCGCCAUUUGCUGGUGCCAACGUCUGCCCUAUGGCCACACGAGAAAGCAGCAGAUGGGAACGUCGAACAUGGGUAGAGUUCAAGAAACUGUGCGAACAAGUCCCCGAGGCGGGCAUUCACUUCCAAAAGUGCCACAUUCAAAGACGAAAGAAGGACGCAGAAGCAGCAAAGAAACAAACAUUCCCUGAUGCACUCUUCAUGGAAGAGCCCUGGUAUAAGGAGAUCUUUGAGGAUUUCCGAGAACAGAACCCUGAUGAAGUCACUCGCGGUUACGACUCAGGCUGCGAAUUCACAUCUGUCUGCAUCAAUACCGCCAUCUACCUUCCCUGGCUCGUCGGUCAAUGUCUGAAAAACGGCGUGGUCUUCAAGAGAGGUAUCCUGACCGAUAUCAGCGAGGCCAAGAAACUGAGCCACACGGGCAACGUUCCCAACAUCAUCGUCAACGCGACAGGCCUAGGCUCCUUGAAGCUGGGUGGUGUCAAGGACGAGACUAUGGCGCCUGCACGCGGACAGAUUGUGCUGGUGCGCAACGAGAGCACACCCAUGCUUAUCACAUCUGGAGUUGAGGAUGGCGGUGCCGAUGUCAUGUACCUCAUGCAGCGAGCAGCUGGUGGUGGCACAAUCUUGGGUGGAACUUACGAUAUCGGCAACUGGGAGUCUCAACCAGACCCCAAUAUCGCCCAACGUAUCAUGCAGCGCAUCGUUGAGGCACGCCCUGAGGUCGCUGAUGGUAAGGGAGUUAAGGGACUGAGUGUGAUUCGACACGCUGUUGGACUGCGCCCUUGGAGACGAGAUGGACUCCGACUUGGGGAGGAGAAGUUAGACGAUGAGACGUGGAUCGUGCACAACUAUGGCCACUCUGGCUGGGGAUAUCAAGGCUCAUAUGGCUGCGCUGAGGGUGUAGUUGAGAUUGUUGACAAGGUUGGCAAAGCUGCCAAGUCUAAGCUGUAGAUUGACUAAGCGUUUAUGAAUUGAUACGAUAUUGAAUAAUUAAUUCGUUCAUUCUUA